UUGAUGACAACGAAUUUUAUAGGUUAUGAUAUUAAAAACAUUUGAGAAACAUGGUAGCAUGAUGGUAGCUAUUCUUGUUUUUAAUAAUUCUAAAACAUAAAUAGUGAACAUGGGCCUUACAAAGGACUAUUUGCGAUAUGUUCCGGCCGGAAAUUUUAAUAUUAUAAGCAGCAAUAACUGUAAUGCUGUAUUUGUAAUAUUGCAAGGGCAAAUAGGUCGCUUUAUAGCGGUUGGAGCAUGUGAGCAUAUAAUCAUUUGGGAUUUACGACUUGGAGAAAAGGCUCAAGUCCUGCCAGGCGAAAAAGCUGCAGUUACCACCAUUUGUGCAAGUCCAAAUAUUAGAAACUUGGCUGCCGGAUACUCUGAUGGAAUUGUUCAAGUUUUUGAUCUAAAAUCAGCUGAAAUUAUUAGUAUUUUUUCGGGACACCGUUCUGAGGUUACAACUUUGUAUUAUGAUAGUUUUGGUCACAAAUUAGCAUCUGGAAGCAAGGAUACUGACAUAAUUGUGUGGGAUACAGUUGCUGAAACAGGUCUUUAUAGGUUUUCAGGUCAUAAGGGUCCAAUUACUAAAGUCAUUUUUAUGUCCAAGGAAAAUGUUCUUAUUUCAGCAUCUAAAGAUAGUUUUAUAAAAUUCUGGGAUUUGAAUACACAACAUUGUUUUAAAACAGUAACUGGACAUCAAACUGAGGUUUGGGGUUUAUCAUUAAUUAGAAAUGAUAAAUACUUGGUUUCUGGAUGUGGUGAUGAAGAACUGAGGGUAUAUAGACUGUCUGUUCACAAUUCGAAUGGCGAAUUAGUUAGUUCAGUUGACCAUUUAACAAAUACUCUUGAAAUGGUAACAUUAGAAGAAGGUGACGAUACAACGCAUCCACUGCAAUGUUUUAAGACGGGAACUAUUUUAAGAGGAAGCCGAGGUAGAGUUGUCUCACUUGUUACUGAUCCUAGUGGACAAAUAUUAGGUUGUCAUGGCACUGAUAAUCAGAUUGAAUUAUUCUAUUUCUGUGCUGAGGAUGAAGCACAGGCAAGGUUGAAAAAACGUUUAAAAAAAGAAAGAAAAAAGGAAAAAGCAGAGGGGACAGAGAACAAUACAGACGAAGUUCAGUCAAGUGUUAACACCCAGUUAGAUUUAAGGGACGAAGUUAAGAGACUUCCAUCUGUAAAAUUGGAUAAUAAACCUAGAAGUUUGGAUUUGGUAUUAGGCAAUGGCGGGGAACUUAGAAUUGCCGUAAAUUUGAGAAACAAUUGUGUCCGGCUAUUCAACUUACAAACUGCACUUAAGAAUGGAGAAGCUCAGUGUUUGAGAGGAAUUUUAAACCAUGGCCAUCAAAGUGAUAUAAAGAGUGUAACAUUCAGUAACGAAAAUGUAGCUCUAGUAUCAGGCAGUGCAGAAAGUGUUAAACUAUGGAAUAUGCCUUCACAAACUUGCUUGAAAACAGUUGAAACAGGAUAUGUUAUGACUCUGGCGUUUGUUCCUGGAGAUAAACAUGUUCUUGCUGGAUUAAAGGAUGGUCGCCUUUUAAUCAUAGAUAUUGUAGUAGGUGAUAUACUAGAGGAGAUACCAGCCCACUCUAAAGAGUUAAGAACAAUUGCCAUCACCCCAAAUUUGAAUGGAUGUGUAACUGGCGGUGGCGAUCAAAUGGUGAAAUUUUGGCAAUUUGACUUAAUAGUUGAUGAAAAAAGUGAAUCAAGAGUGAGGAUUUUAUCAUUAAUUCAUAAAAGGACAUUAAAAUUGGAAGAUAACAUUUUGUGCGUUAAGUUAUCGCCUAAUGGCAAAUUUAUUGCUGUUGCACUACUGGAUUCAACGGUUAAGAUAUUUUUUGUAGAUACUUUUAAGUUUUACUUGUCCCUAUAUGGUCAUAAAUUACCAGUACAAUGUAUGGAUAUAUCCAGUGAUUCUACUUUAAUAGUCACAGGGUCUGGAGAUCGUAAUGUGAAAAUUUGGGGUAUGGAUUUUGGUGAUUGUCACAAAAGUAUUUUUGCUCAUGACGACACUAUUACUGGAUUACAAUUUGUGAAAAACACCCAUUACUUUUUUACUUGUGGUAAAGAUGGUAAAGUUAAGCAGUGGGAUGCAGAUUCAUAUAAUAAAAUUAUUACAUUACAAGGUCAUUGCGGUGAAGCAUUUUCCAUGGCAGUAAGUCCCAAUGGAAAAUAUGUGGUUUCCUGUGGUUCAGAUAAAGUUCUGCGAUUAUAUGAGAAAUCAGAACAGAUAGUAGUGCUUCAAGAUGAAGAAGAGGAAGAGAGGGAGAAACAAGAGGAACUAGCAACAGGAGAACAAACGCUUAUACCUAGUCAACCAGGGUUGAAUCUUCCUAGUAAAAAAACAGUUGGUAGUGAAAAAGCUGCUGAAAAUAUCCUGGAAUGUCUCGAAGUUAGUGAGAAGUAUAGAGAGCAAUUAGCAGAACAUGAAGCAUUACAAGCUGCUACAACUCAAAGUCUUGUACCUCCUGCUCCACCACUGUUAAUGCAAGCAUAUAAUGUAUCGACACCUGACGAUUUUUUGUUAGAAACCAUAUUAAGAAUACGAGCCAGCGAUCUAGAGGAAGCAUUGUUAAUUCUUCCAUUCAGCUCAGUUUGUGACAUUUUGACAAUGUUGCCAAAUUUAAUAGACAGAGGAGAUUGUACGGAACUAGGAUGUAGAGUGGCAAUGUUUCUGUUAAAAUUGCAUCACGGUCCGUUAGUAUCCAAUAAAGUACUAAUUCCAACUCUUCAGAAGCUUGAAAAAAUUAUGAACGAGAAAGUUACUGAAUUACGGGAUUUAAUAGGAUAUAAUUACUAUGGGUUGCAAUUUCUUCAAGGUGAAAUAGAAUCCAGGGAAGGAGUUCAGUUGUUUAGGGAUGCCACACUAGAGAAAAGAAAGGGCGAUAGUAAACGGAAAAAGCGAGAAAAGCUAAAACGAUCUAUAAUGGUGCUUAAUAGUUAGUAUUUUGUAAAUAUUUUUUAUUAAUAUAUUUAUAAAAGUUA